GGCGGAGGCGCGGCAGGGCUGGAAGGGAGCGGGGCGAACCCCGAAAGCACCCUCCGAAGCCGCGCGGCUCCCAGCACGUGGAAACUUCCCUGGCGGCGAGCAGGGCGGGAGGGGGCGGCGGUUCCCCUCGGUGCUGAGAGCACCGCGCGCGCAAGGAUCGGGGCGCGCGGCGGGCGCGGCGGCCGCCGCCUCCUCCCGUCCCCGCCUCCGCGGCGCAGCCUCCUCCCUCCGCCCGGCUCGGCCUCCGGCUCCCUCCCCUCGUGGCAGGCUCCGGCGGCGGCGGCUGCGGCGGACCGGGAGGGCGUGCGCCGGCUGAGAGGUGUGGGCGACGAGGGUAGGGAAGUUUCAAGUGGAAGGUCGUCCGCCGGCCGGCGCGUCCCCUCACUCUCCUCCCGCAGCAUCAUGGCGGAGCCGAGCGGCUCGCCAGUGCACGUCCAGCUUCCCCAGCAGGCGGCCCCGGUGACAGCGGCGGCGGCGGCCCCGGCGGCCGCGACAUCAGCACCGGCCCCGGCCCCGGCCCCGGCGGCUCCCGCAGCCCCGGCCCCGGCUCCAGCUGCGACUCCAGCCCCGGCCCCGGCAGCUCAGGCGGUCGGCUGGCCCAUCUGCAGGGACGCGUACGAGCUCCAGGAGGUUAUCGGCAGCGGAGCGACGGCGGUGGUUCAGGCAGCCCUAUGCAAACCCAGGCAAGAACGUGUAGCCAUAAAGCGGAUCAACCUGGAAAAAUGCCAGACGAGUAUGGAUGAGCUCCUAAAAGAAAUUCAAGCCAUGAGUCAGUGCAGCCAUCCCAACGUAGUGACUUACUACACCUCCUUUGUGGUCAAAGAUGAACUUUGGCUGGUCAUGAAAUUACUAAGUGGAGGUUCCAUGUUGGAUAUCAUCAAAUACAUCGUCAAUCGAGGAGAACAUAAGAAUGGUGUCCUGGAAGAGGCAAUAAUCGCAACAAUUCUUAAGGAGGUUUUGGAAGGUUUAGACUAUCUGCACAGAAAUGGUCAGAUCCAUAGGGAUUUGAAAGCUGGCAAUAUUCUUCUGGGUGAGGAUGGAUCAGUACAAAUUGCAGAUUUUGGAGUAAGUGCAUUCUUAGCAACAGGGGGUGAUGUUACACGGAAUAAAGUCAGAAAAACAUUUGUUGGUACCCCAUGUUGGAUGGCCCCUGAAGUCAUGGAACAGGUGAGAGGCUAUGACUUCAAGGCUGACAUGUGGAGUUUUGGAAUAACUGCCAUUGAAUUAGCAACCGGAGCAGCGCCUUACCACAAAUACCCUCCAAUGAAAGUGCUAAUGCUGACAUUGCAAAAUGACCCGCCUACUUUAGAAACUGGCGUAGAGGAUAAAGAAAUGAUGAAAAAGUACGGCAAGUCCUUCAGAAAGUUGCUUUCACUGUGUCUUCAGAAAGAUCCUUCCAAAAGGCCCACAGCAGCAGAACUUUUAAAAUGCAAAUUCUUCCAGAAAGCCAAGAACAGAGAGUACCUGAUCGAGAAGCUGCUGACAAGAACACCAGACAUAGCCCAAAGAGCCAAGAAGGUGAGGCGAGUUCCUGGGUCAAGCGGUCACCUUCAUAAGACUGAGGAUGGCGACUGGGAGUGGAGUGAUGACGAGAUGGAUGAGAAGAGCGAGGAGGGGAAGGCAGCUGCAUCCCAAGAGAAGUCACGAAGAGUGAAAGAAGAGAACCCAGAGAUCUCGGUGAACGCUGGUGGCAUCCCCGAGCAAAUACAGUCCCUCUCUGUGCAUGACUCUCAGGGCCAACCAAAUGCUAAUGAAGACUACAGAGAAGGUCCUUGUGCGGUCAACCUUGUUUUAAGAUUAAGAAACUCCAGAAAGGAACUUAAUGACAUACGGUUUGAGUUUACUCCAGGAAGAGAUACAGCAGAUGGUGUGUCUCAGGAGCUCUUCUCUGCUGGCUUGGUUGACGGUCAUGAUGUAGUUAUAGUGGCUGCUAAUUUACAGAAGAUUGUAGAUGACCCCAAAGCUUUAAAAACGUUGACAUUUAAGUUGGCUUCCGGCUGUGAUGGGGCGGAGAUUCCUGAUGAAGUGAAGCUGAUCGGGUUUGCCCAGUUGAGUGUGAGCUGAUGUAUGUCCCUUGCUGUCACCCUCAUCUGUCGUGCCCCUUCUCUCUUCCAGCCCCCUCUUUGCCUCCUUCCUCUCACCCCCUCACUCCCAAAUCCCAACAAAUAAGAAGAUUGUGAAGAGGCUGGCUUCGAUGAAGUGGGAUAAAAAAAUAAUAAUUUUUAAAAAACUCUGAGCACUCCGAGUUCUGCUUUAUUCUCCAGCAAUCCACAGUACGAGCACAGGCAAGUGCUACAGCCGCGCAACUGUUGCUGAUUCCUUUCCAGAGAGCGAUUUACUAUUCUUAGCGGUCAAUUUGGAUAGCCCGUAAGUGAGGAGUCGGAAACACACUCAGGUGGUCCUAUCUCUUGGCAACAAAAGGAAUCUUCUACCAGAAGCCUUUUCUCCUUUUCCUGUUGUAUUUCUGUUUAAUACUUUAAUUGUACAUCUGACAAUACUGCCUCUUUUAUGUUGUACUUAGAAAUUAAUAUACUUAUAAAAUUAAGAUUUAUUAGCCAAACUUGAAUUCUAGUUUUAAAACUUGACUGUGAAUUUUAUUUUUCAUAUAUUUAUGCUUUACACACCUUAGCUAUGAGGGAAAAGUUUUGAUUAUAUGCUUUCUGCAGUUGAUCUCUUGUUAUUUAAACAGACGGUUUCAGGUCAAUCUUUGGAGUAUUUGUAGCUUCUAAUUUUUGAAAUGACUGAAUUAAGAAUUUGGAUGCUUGCUCUUUUGGUUGGUUUGCCUAAAAUCUAGUCCACAAUCCAGUCGUCUCUUGGGAGAGGGAGGUGCCUUGCAAACUUUCAUAUUACGAAUGUGCCUGAGGCUGCUUAACUCUGGACUAGUCUCAGAUCUCAAGCCUGCACUACAUGAGGAGGCAUACUUUUGCUUCAUCUGGACAUUUAGAAUACUGUAACCGCGCUGCCGUUCUGUUAGAUUGCUAACUACAUCCCCUGUCUCCAAUUCGGCUGCCCUUAGGCGACAGGAUUUGUUGUUUUGAAGGCGAUAAACUUGACAACACCAGAAUCCGAGUUUUACUUAAAAACUCCACAGAAUAUACAGGGAGUGUGAAAAAUAACAGAAAGGGUUUUUGUGCAAUGACAAAAGGUAAAAAUGCUGUAAACGAUCGAGAAUAAAUAUUUCCAACCCCAGAACCUCCUGCUUGACUAUGUAUUAUGAACCUAGUAAACCUUAGGAUUUUCAAAUUUGGAGUCAAAACCUUCACGAAGGUGGACUCCGGGGAUGGUACCAUUGCUCUUUCCUCGCUAACCCUAGAUACGGCAGCUCUUUAAUGUACUUUAAAAAGCAAAUAUAUAUUACUAAGGAAAGAAGUUAUUUAUAAUUGCCUUGUCAUAAUCGUUAAGGUGUUCUAGAACCAUUUGCAUACAAUUUAUUGUAAUUCCAUUCCAUUCUAUUGUUUACACAAAUUACUCAAAGAUGACUGCAAAGGUAAAAGGAAAAAUAAAAGUGUAUUGCACAGUGCA